AUCCUGAUCCGCACCCUUUGCGUCCCUGCCGAAUAUCACAUCGGGAGGUGUUUUUUUUNUUUUUUUUUUUUUUUUUUAGUGACUUCCCGUGUCCCCGGCGUCCUCCCUCUCUGUCUCUCUCUCCAUCGAUCUGUGUACUCGCGCGAGCACGAAACAAUGGACGAAAGUUUGGAGUUUGAGGCUGAGGUAGUGUCCAUGGAGACUAUCAAGCCGUCCACGCCCACCCCGCCGGAGCUCCGGAGCUACACGCUGGGGUGGGCCGACCAGCUCGCCCGCGUCUACCACCUCCCCGUCGCCUUCUUCUACCGGGGCUCCCCCCAAACACCUGCCGCCGAGCGCAUCCGGGCCAUGAAGUCCUCCUUGCCCCGCGCGCUCUCCCGCUUCUACCCGCUCGCGGGCGAGCUCGUCCUCAACACCCACGUCCGCUGCUGCGACGCGGGCGCCCGCUUCCUCGAGGCCCGCGCCGACGCCGACCUCGCCGACUUCCUCCGCGGCCUCCGCGGCCUCCACCACGUCGAGAAGCUCCUCCCCUGCGCGCGCUCCUGCUCCGCCGCCGGCGCCGAGGGCGCCCCCCUCCUCUCCGUCCAAGCCACCGCCUUCCGCUGCGGCGGCCUCGCCCUCGGCGUCUGCGCCUGCCACAAGAUCCUCGACGGCCGCUCCCUCUUCCUCUUCCUCCAGUCCUGGGCCUCCGCCGCACCCGACCCCGUCUUCGACGGCGCCGCGCUCUUCCCGCCGAGCGAGGACGUCGUCCCGGAGGAGGACCAGGCGCGGCCCCCCGGCGCGCCGCCGCUCGUGCGCAAGGGCUUCGUGAUCGCCGGGCCCGAGGUCGCGGCGCUCCGCUCGGGGCUCCCGAGCUCGACCACGCGAGUCCAGGCCGUGUGCGCGCUGCUGUGGCGCUGCGCGCUGCGCGCGCGCCCUCCGCCCGCGCGGGCCUCGGUGGCGUCGCUCCUGGUCGACACGCGCCCGCGCAUGGCGCCCCCCGCGCCCAACGCCUCCUUCGGCAACCGCUGCUUCUCCGCGGGAGCCGCGGCCGCGAAGGCCACGGUGGAGCUCGUCCUGGCCCGGAGCGGCGCCGCGAGGGGCGUUCUCGAGGAGGAGCUCGGCCGGUCGGCGAAGAUGAUGAACGCCGACCACACCCGGAAGCUGCGCGCGCCGGACGGGCAUUCGUCGGCCUACGCGCUGAUCGUGGACGGGGUGAUACGCAGCCGGGGGUUCGAGGGCUUCGACCAUUACUUCUUCAGCUCCUGGCUGAGCCUCCCCUUGUACGAGGUCGACUUCGGGUGGGGGAGGCCGGCCUGGGUUGGGACCACCGCGCGGGUUCGAAACCUGUCGGUGCUCAUGCCGCGGUCGCCGGAGGUGGACCCGAGAGGCGUGGAAGUGUGGGUGACGAUGGAGGAGAGCGAGAUGGCCGAGUUCGAGAAAGACGAGGAGCUCCUCCAGUUCGCGGCUCCCUUCAGAGUCGUCACUCCUCCUCCGGGACGAGCUUAGAUGUAUUGCUGAGUCUAAAUUAAUCUUUUGAUUCCUGAUCUGACGAAACAUGUCUUGGUCGUUUUGGCGAUUAUGCAUGUUUUGGUGAUUGGCUGCUGCAUGCAUGUUGUUGCUGUUGAAUAAGAUUACGGUCUCCGUUCUUUAUUCUUAAUGCAAUCGUUUAAUCCGUUUUUUGUUUUUUCAAAUAAGAGAUCUACGUCUCGAUUAUUUGCUAGCUGUUCUACUUUGGGCACAAGAAACAACAGUACGUACAGUUGCCUUUGGUUC